GAAGCCUCCGAGCGCGGCCGCCAUUCCGGGCCUCAAGCCCAUAAAGAAAAAAUACCGGAGAGGUUCUGGCACCAUUUCGGGGUGCCAAAGCAGCCAUGGAAGAGCCUGCAGCUCCCUCAGAAGCCCACGAGGCAGCCGGGGCCCAGGCAGGUGCUGAGGCAGCAAGGGAGGGUGUGUCUGGGCCGGACCUUCCCGUCUGUGAGCCCUCCGGGGAAUCUGCUGCUCCAGAUUCAGCCCUGCCACAUGCGGCAAGGGGCUGGGCCCCCUUCCCUGUAGCUCCAGUCCCUGCCCACCUCCGCAGAGGAGGCCUGAGGCCUGCCCCAGCCUCAGGAGGAGGAGCCUGGCCCAGUCCGUUGCCGAGCCGAAGCAGCGGCAUUUGGACAAAGCAGAUCAUCUGCAGGUAUUAUAUACAUGGGCAGUGCAAGGAGGGGGAGAACUGUCGCUAUUCGCACGACCUUUCUGGUCGGAAGAUGGCCACUGAGGGCGGCGUUUCGCCACCUGGGGCCUCUGCAGGUGGAGGCCCUAGCACGGCUGCGCACAUCGAGCCCCCGACUCAGGAAGUGGCGGAAGCCCCCCCGGCUGCAUCCUCCCUUUCCUUGCCUGUGAUUGGCUUGGCUGCUGAAAGGGGUUUCUUUGAAGCCGAGAGAGACAAUGCAGACCGUGGAGCUGCUGGAGGAGCAGGUGUAGAAAGCUGGGCGGAUGCCAUUGAGUUUGUUCCAGGGCAGCCCUACCGGGGCCGCUGGGUUGCAUCUGCCCCCGAGGCUCCUCUACAGAGCUCAGAGACUGAGAGGAAGCAGAUGGCUGUGGGCAGUGGGUUGCGGUUUUGCUAUUAUGCUUCCAGGGGAGUUUGCUUUCGUGGGGAGAGCUGUAUGUACCUCCAUGGAGACAUAUGCGACAUGUGUGGGCUGCAGACCUUGCACCCCAUGGAUGCUGCCCAGAGGGAAGAACAUAUGAGGGCCUGCAUUGAAGCACACGAGAAAGAUAUGGAACUCUCGUUUGCUGUGCAGCGUGGUAUGGACAAGGUGUGUGGCAUCUGCAUGGAGGUUGUCUAUGAGAAGGCCAACCCCAAUGACCGCCGCUUUGGCAUUCUUUCCAAUUGCAACCAUUCCUUCUGUAUUAGGUGUAUCCGCAGGUGGAGAAGUGCCAGACAGUUUGAGAACAGGAUCGUCAAGUCUUGCCCACAGUGCAGGGUCACCUCCGAAUUGGUCAUUCCCAGUGAGUUCUGGGUGGAGGAGGAGGAAGAGAAGCAGAAACUUAUUCAGCAAUACAAGGAGGCAAUGAGCAACAAGGCCUGCAGCCAAAGAAUUCACCAAUCAGGACACCCUUGAUGCCUGACUAUCACUGGCAUGCAAGGUGAGUGACAGAUUCCAAAUAAAUUCCAAACAUCUGAGGUCCCUGGCCUGCAGUCGUGCAGGAGAAAGAGAGAUUAGAUGAACUAAACAACCAAAGAAUGAGACCAGAUGGUGCACUCUCAAAGACUGUGCCAACACCAAAGUCUCAGAAAAUAGUGGCAAAGCUUUCAGAGAGGGGUUUUUAAGCUGAGCCCAGAAAGCUGUGGAAAGUUUCUCCAAAUGUACACUUCCCUGCAUUGUGAAAUAUCGUGUUUUUAUUCAAAUAGUAUCUUGAACCAGAUAAUCAUAAAGUUCAGUAUUUAUAGUAGGACAAUGGUCAGUAGAAAAUAAAGUGGCUUGAGAUACCAAGGAUAGUUAGAAUCCUGACUCUGUUUCUUACCAGCCAUUCAGUUUCACAGUCUAAGCAAGUUACUUAAAUUUUCUGUACUUCAGUUUCUUCAUAUGAGAAAUGGGUACAGUUCCACCUACUUUUGCAGGAUUGUUGUGAGGAUCAAAUGUAGUCUGGACAAAAAGCUUGAAACAUAGGUUUUUUUUUUUUUAGUGAUUAUGUAUAGAUGUGAGAUUUGUGCAUAUUUUUGGACAUGAAAAGGUGAUUGCACAGAAAUUAAUCACCAAGAUUUUCUUUUUGAGAAUCUCUGGAACUUGUAUUAAUGUAAUGUUAUCAUUUAAUGAUUAUUUUGGUAAGCAAGGGGUAUAUUACCGUCACAUUCAUAAUUUCAAAAAGAUGAAGUAUUUUUUCAGCAAAAAUUAUUCAUUUGAAACUAAAUAUGUGCUAUUCAAUUACUUAAAAUAUAACAAAAAUACAUAUUUUUGGCAGAGUUCUAGGUGAGGAAAAUAACAAAGGGACAUUUUUAGAAUAUACGGGAUUCCUUGUUCCCUCAUCAGUUCAUUCAGAAAAAUGUCAAAUAACAGAAGUAUUACUGCCACCAAGUCUGGGUGAAAUGUUACCAAGGGCUUUCCCACGAUCUGACCACUCCCCUGCUGCAGUCAGGAACAAAGAAGCCUUUGCCACACAAAGGUCUGCUCUGUGAGUGAUUCAGAGUGUGUGCUGGCCCUCGCCCCUAUGAGGACUCAAGGACUCAGCCCUGGGGUCCACAAAAAUGGUAUCAUUUCAGCUACAACUUAAAAAGCCUAAAACAAGUCAGGUUUGCUUUUCUUCGGUUUCAUGUGUCUCGAUUUGAUGGAUAUCCACACAUGCAAAUAGUAUACUGAGAGAAAUUUACCUAGUAAUGCCUCCCCUUUGAAGAUAUGGAAAUCACUUUGUCUCAUAGCUCACAUGUCACUAAAUCAAUUCACUGAAUUUCACUGACAGGGAAACAUUGUCAGUCUGUAGUCUAUGUCCAUAUGCUCUUCCAUUUUACAGUUUUCCAAACAUCAUAGAGGCAUGGUUUCUGUUGCCACAGCUAAUACAAAACUACAACUUCAGUGUGGGAUAGAGUUAGGGUAGGGCUGGGAACAGGGAUGUGUGGGAAAUAACCCAGUACUAGUGCAAAGAAGUAAACUAAUUCAUGUCAAUUUUUGCCUUGAAAAUAUAUAUCACAUUUUCCAAUAUUAAUGGAACAAUAACAAAAAUAAUUGUGAAAUAGAGUACAGUGAAACUGUCAAUUAGAUCUAGAUAUAAAAGUAGUACAGGCAACAUCUUUUCUGAGGUCAAUAUAAGAAAAUAAGCUACUACCGGCUGGGCACAGUGGCUCACACUUGUAAUCCCAGCACUUUGGGAGGCCGAGGCGGGCGGAUCACGAGGUCAGGAGAUCGAGACCAUCCUGGCUAACACAGUGAAACCCCGUUUCUACUAAAAAUACAAAAAAAAAAAAAAAAAAAAAAAAAGCCAGAGUUGGUGGCAGGUGCUUGUAGUCCCAGCUAUUCAGGAGGCUGAAGCAGGAGAAUGGCGUGAACCCGGGAGGCAGAGCUUGCAGUGAACCGAGAUCGCGCCACUGCACUCCAGCCUGGGCUACAGAGCGAGACUCCAUCUCAAACAAAAAACAAAGAAAAUAAACUACUACCACUUUUAAUUGUCUCUCAUAAAUAAUUUGAUGUAGGAGUGAAUUCAAAAUCAUUUAGAAGAAUAUAAUAUGACAAUGACAAACUAUACAUACCGUAAUAUACAGGAUACUUCUGGAUCUGUAUUCAGAGUAUAACUCCUAAUUUUAAAUACUAAUGUAUAUUGUCUUAAAAACAAAGAGCCUAAUUAACUACGUAUUCAAACCUAAAUUUUAAAAAGACCACAACAUGAACACAUGCACACAUAUACACAAACACAUACAAACACAACUAAGGUAAGCAGGAGGAAUUAGGAAAUAUUAAACUAAAAAUUUGUUGAACAGAGAAUGAAAAUGUAAAGGCUGAUUUUUUUUUUUGGUAAAAAUAAUUAGUAAACAGAUAAACCACUAACUUAAAAAAUAAAGGAUAAGGUGCAAUUAAAACAGGAAAUGUUAAUCAGAGGUAAUUAGAGCUAAAAAGACACUAAAGAAAUGGGAAAUAAAUCCUUGUUAUACCUGAGGGAAAUGUACUUGAAAAUAUGAAACAAAAUUUAACAGUUUCAACAUAAAUAUAAAUUUCCAAACAUCAAUCCAGAAGACAAAUCUAAACGAACCUAUUACUAACAACAACAAAAAAAGAAGUUGUCUAAAAUGCACUUACUCCCUACUCCACACAAAAAGAAACAGAAGACAUUAUCCCCUGAAAUUUACUUAAACAUUUAAGUAAAAUAUAUUGCAAUGCUGUAUAAACCAUUUCUUAGUCCAUUUGAGCUACUGUUAAAAAAUAUAAACUAGGUGGCUUAUAAGCAACAUAAAUUUAUUUCUCACAGUUCUGGAGGCUGAGAGGUUUAAGAGCAUGGCACCGGCAGCUUGGUUCAUAGAUGACCAUCUUCUUAGUGUCCUCACAUAGUGGAAGGCACUACCAACCUCAUUGGGACCCCUUUAAUUGUGCUGUUUUAAUGUACAAUAAAAUGUAUUAAAAACUAUAAAUAAUUACAUAAAUAUAUUUGUUUUCUUUUUUAUGGGUAGUUUGUUUUUCAGUGGAGAAGUGCUUGAAGCAAUGUCAUAUGAUAACGUUAUAGUGAAAGUUUUAUGCAAGUUAAGCAAGAAUACAAUACAAUAUAAACAAUGAGGGAAUCACAGUUGUGGGGGCUUAGACACAAAGCUGUGUAUACCAUUUGAGCUGGCAAAUUGCAACCUCUUUUAUUAAGGGCACUAAUUCCACAUAUGAGGCCUCCACCGUCAUGACUCCAACACCUUCCAAAGGUCCCAUCUCCUAAUACCAUUACCUUAGAGAUUAGAUUUCACCGUAGAAAUUUUGGAGAUACACAGACAUUCAGUAUACAGAACUGCUAUGGUUUGGAUAUGGUUUAUUUAGCCCGCCAAGUCUCAUGUUGAAAUUUGAUCCACAGUGUUGGAGGUGGGGCCCAGUAGGAGGUGUUUGAGUAAUGGGAGCAGAUCCUUCAUGAAUGGCUUGCUGUUCUCCUCACGGAAGUGAGUGAAUUUUCACUCUGAAUUCCCAUUAGAACUGGUUGUUGAAAAGAGCCUAGGCUGGGCACAGUGGCUCAUGCCUGUAAUCCUAACACUUUGGGAGACAGAGGCAUAAGGAAUGCUUGAGGCCAGGAGUUUGGACCAGCCUGGACAACAUGGUGAGACCCCAUCUCUACAAAAAAAUAGAAACAAUUAACCAGACAUGGUGGUACAUGCCUGUAGUCCUAGCUAAUCAGGAUGUUGAGGAGGGAGGACUGAUUGAGCCCAGGAGGUCGCGGCUGCAGCGAGCUAUGAUUGUACCACUGCACUCCGGUCUGGGCUGCAGAGUGAGACCCCGUCUCUAAAAAAAUAGGAAAAGAGCCUGGCAACUCCUUUGCCUCCUCUUUCAUGAUGUGAUGUCUUCUCCUCUUCCUCUUUUAUCAUGAGUGAAAACUUGCUGAGGCCCUCACCAGAAGCAGAUAUUGGUGCCACGCUUUUUUGUUUGUUUGUUUGUUUGUUUGUUUGUUUUUUGAGAUGGAUUUUUGCUCUUGUUGUCCAGGCUGUAGGGCAAUGGUACACUCUUGGCUCACUGCAACCUCUGCCUCAGGGGUUCAUGCAAUUCUCCUGCCUCAGCCUCCCGAGUAGCUGGGAUUACAGGUGUCCGCCACCACGCCCAGCUAAUUUUUGUAUUUUUAGUAGAGACGGGGUUUCACCAUGUUGGUCAAGCUGGUCUCGAACUCCUGACCUCAGGUGAUCCACCCGACUGGGCCUUCAAAAGCGCUGAGAUUACAGGCAUGAGCCACCACACCUGGCUGGUGCCAUGAUUUUUUUACAGACUCCGGAACCAUAAGCCAAAUAAGCCUCUUUUAAAAAUUAUAUUCAGUUUCAUAUAUUCCUUUAUAGAAACAAAAAUGGACUAAGACAGAAAAUUGGUACUGAGGAGUGGAACGUUGCUAUAAAAAUACCUAAACAUUUGGAAGCAGCUUUGGAACUGGGUAAUGAGCAGAGGCUGGAAGAGUCUAGAGGGCUCAGAAGAAGAUAGGAAGGGAAAGCUUGUAACUUCCUAGAGACUGGUUGUGACCAAAAUGCUGAUAGAAAUACAGACAAUAAAGGACAUGCUGAGGAGGUCUCAGAUGGAAAUGAGGAACUUACUGGGAACUGAAGCAAAGUUAUACCCUAGCAAAUAAUUUGGCUGCGUUGUGUAUACACUAGCACUUUGUGGAAAGCUGAACUUAAGAGUGACGGCCUAAAGUAUCUGGCAGAAGAAAUUUCUAAGCUUUGGCAAAGCAUUCAAGAAGUGGUGUGGCUGCAUCCAACAAUCAACAGAUUGGGAGCAAAGGAAGGACUUAAAGUUGGAACUUUUGGUUAAAAGGGAUACAGAGCAUAAAAAUUUGGAAAACUCAAGCCUGUCCACGCAAAAGAGAAGGAAAGAGCAUUUUUCAGGAGAGGAAAUCUGAGGGGGGGCAGCUGAACAACCACUUGCUAGAAAGAUUAGCACAGGUAAAAGAGAGCCAGUUGGUAAUAGAACAGUGAAAAAAGUCCAAAGGCAUUUCAGAAUCUUUGAGUUUACUCCUCCCAUUACAGGUCCACAGGCCUAGGAGGACAGAUGACUUCUGGGCCAGGCCCAGGGUGCUGCUGCCCUGUGCAAUCUUGGGAAGCUGCUUCCCACAUCCUGGCUGCUCGGACCACAGCUAAAGCUCAAAGGGCUCAAGCUACUGUUUAGACCACUGCUUCAGAGGGUGCAAGGUGUAAUGUUUGGGGCUUCCAUGUGGUGCUAAGACUGCAGGCACACAGUGUGAGACUGGCUGAGCUCUUUGUGGGUUGGAGCCCCCGCGUAGUGUCUCCACCAGGCCCCACCUAGUGGAGCUGAGGGAGUAAGGUUGCCAUCCUCCAGACCCCAGAAUUCUAGAGUCACCAGCAGCAUGCACUCUCAGCAUGGAAAAGCCGCAAGCAUUGGAUUCCAAUACAUGAUAAGAGCCACAUGGGCUUCACACAUCAAAGCCACGGGGACAGGGCUGCCCAAGGCCUUGGGAGCCCACACUUCAUACUGUUGUGCCCAGGAUGUGGGACAUGGAGUCAAAGGAGAACGUUUUGGGGCUUUAAGUUUUUAUGUCUGCCCUUCUGAGUUCUAGACUUAAUGUGGGGAGUAUUACCUCUUUCUUUAGGCUGAUUUCUCCCUUUUGGAAUGGGAAUGUCUAACCGAUGCCUGUAUCACGUUUGUAUCUUGGAAGUAAAUAUCUUG